AUGCCCGGUUACGACAUCCGGUCGUACCUUUCAAUGCAGAGUGCUUCCAUCGAUAAGCCGGCCGACACCUCCGCAUCCGCCGCAGAUUUCCCUUUGACGACGACAACGACGACGGCAGACCAACAGCAACAACACGCGACUACACCUCGUACGCCCCGCCACUCAUCCGCCGCCAUCCCUCCGAGAAGACACCUACCUUGGCUGCACGGGCCGCCGAGUGCAAAGAAGUCGCCACGAACGCCUCGCACCGUUCGCAUCGCCGAGGGCGCUGAUUCUACUACGCCCACCACCGCCAAUAAUAAUACUACUACUUUUACCACUCCUGCAGCCAACACACCUCAGACUACUCAGCGCGGCACUACUAUCGAGGACUUUACCACAAUGUCCACGACCACAACGCCCUCUUUUUCCCGCACGACCUCGUCGCACUACACGCCGCGCAGCGGCCAUGGUGGCAGCCGCGGCGGUGGUAGCGGCAGUGGUCGUCGCGGUGGUCGAGGUGCUGCACAGAACAGAACGCCACGCGGCUGUUUCGAGGACAACACGUGGUACUGUGACUGUGGAUAUAGUAAGAAACUGCCUGCGGCGAAGUUCAGGGUGAAGAAGGAAGGGCCGAACAAGGGGAGGUGGUUCUAUACUUGCCAGAAGAAGCCGGGUGAUGAGCAGCGCUGCGGAUUCUUCAUGUGGGAGGAAGAUGCGAAGACGAGGGAAGAUGGGGCGGUGUCGGCAGGGAGCGUUAGCGGUGCUGAUGUUGGUAGAGGAAAUGCGGCGAGUAGUGGAACGGCAGCGAAGAGGAAGUGGCAGGAGGAGGUUGACGGGGAAGCGGAAACGGAGGAUGAGGAUGAGUAUGGAUGGGACCAGGACACGAGUGUGGAAGCUGCGAUUGGUAGAGUGUUGGAUGCCGUGAGCACACCGUCAAGGAAGGUGCUGAAGAUGAAGGAGGGUGCGACACCGAGGGGGGAUAGCGCGAUGGUGAUGACACCGGUCUCGCAACGUGGAAAUGGCGGUGGUGUUAGCGCUGCUGCUGCUACAAAAGCGACACCUACGCCAGCAAUGUUUGGCACAGUGACACCAUCUACGAGUGCUGGUGGUGGUGGUUCUGCUGCUGCUGAAGAUGAUGUUGGUGACGCACUCGUAGUGGAAGUCUUGCAGGUGCUGGACGAGAGGGAUAUCAACCUGGACGACGAAGCGAAUGAAGCGUUGCAGGAAGUGCUCAAGUCUCACUCGCUACGCAUGCAAAAUUUGGCAAGGGGAAGGGAUAUUUCACGCCUGGCGGUGCGCGAGAGGAAUGCGAAGCUUGCAGAGCUGCAGGCACGCGUGAAGACGCUCGAGGCGGAGCUUGAGACGCAGAGGGCCGUCAUAGCGAACUUGAAUUGGCAGAAAGAGACGGGUCAGUUUAAUUGA